AUGGAAGGUUCAUCGGGACUGGGUGACACAGGCUGCGUGCUGCCACUAACAGACGCCGAGCAGCAGCUGAUUGAGAUCAGAGAGGCCUGCUAUGAAGGGAAGAUUAAGAAGAUCCAACUGAGCUGGACUCCACAGCUGCGGGAAUCGUGUGACCAGACCGUUUUCAGCGUCUACAAAGGGGUCAAGACGUUUGACCUCUGCCAGAAGCACAGCCUGCUGGUCACAGGAGGCAUGGACAGACUCAUACGCAUGUGGAACCCUCAUUUUGCUGGGAAACCGACCGGUAUUUUGAAAGGCCACUCUGCCCCCAUCGUCUAUCUCUUCAUCCUCUCAGAGGACAGUCAAAUCUUUUCUGUCUCCACAGACAACACUGUGAAGAUCUGGGAUAUUCAGGAUCAGUGUUGCCUGUUUACAGCAGACCCAAAAACAAGCGGGAUUCAUGGAGACAUAUCGGCGUGCUCGUAUUCCUCUGCUCUGAAAUCCCUUUACAUUGCUGCAGACUGCAUGGCUGUGCUCUCCCUGAAGAGAAGGCCACAGCUUCACAGACGGCUGACUGUUUCACAUAAUGAGCCUGUAACGUGCUGCGGCUACAGCGAGGAGUUUCGUCAAGUUGUGAGCUGCACGGAGGGCUCUGUGGUGAAGGUCUGGGAUUUCGACACAGGGAGGCAGGCUUUUGAGUUUGGCGGCGCACAUGACCUGUCUGCCGUCACAUGUAUGACCUUUGACCCCAAAGGGAGGAGACUUGUCACAGGCGAAAGAGAUGGUUGUUUGAAGAUCUGGAACUUCAACAACGGGCAGUGCCUGAAGACACUGAAAAAGGGUUUAUCAUCUACAUUUGAUUUAAUACCUUACAUGAAGCAUUUGAGAUAA